AUGGAGGGCGUGUGGCGCGGCAUGGAGGAGUGCCAUCGGCUGGGCCUGGCGAGGUCCGUCGGGGUGAGCAACUUCUCGGCGGCCAAGAUGGAGAGGCUGCUGGCUCUCGCCGCCGUGCCGCCGGCGGUCAACCAGGUUGAGAUGAACGUCGGGUGGAGGCAGGAGAAGGUGCGGGAGGUGUGCGCCCGGCACGGCGUCGUCGUCGCCGCCUACUCGCCGCUCGGCGCGUACGGCGCCUUCUGGGGCUCCGACGCCGUCAUGGAGAGCGGCGUCUUGCACGACGUCGCCGCCGCGAGAGGCAAGACCGUCGCGCAGGUGGCGUUGAGGUGGCUAUACGAGCAGGGCGUGUGCUUCGUGGCGAGGAGCUACAACAAUGAGAGAUUGAAGCAGAAUAUGGAGAUCUUCGAGUGGGAGUUGAGCGAGGAGGAGAAGGGGAUGAUCGCCACAAUACCGCAGAGGAGAGUGUCUUUGGGGGAGCGGUUCAUGUCGCCCGAUGGGCCUUACAGAUCACUCGAGGAGCUCUGGGACGACGAUAUAUGA